AUGAAUGCCCCUCCAGGGUUUGGGUACCCGCCCGGCGUGUCGCUGGCGCCGACAGGCAGUCAAGAUUCGCCCACAGCAGCCAACUUUGGCUCAAACAACCCUUUCAGAAACCGUGCUCUCUCGCCGGCCAACGGAUCGACCACCAGUGCUCGUCCAGAACGUCCCCGAUCCACCAAUCCUUUCCUGGACGAGACCGACGCGCUCUCACCGCAAUCAGCCCCUGGAAUGUCCACAGGUGCCGCCUUGUUCUCCCCGGUCGAGAAACAGGAUAUGACUAGCCACACUCGAGAGCUCUUCGAGAAUCUCUCAAUGAAGCCCGCCCCCGCUCCCGUUCCCGCUCAGACUAUGAAUAGCGCCCGGCCAGCUCCAGAUGCCUCGAAGAUGCGCCCCGCACGAACAGAUCGCCUUGAUCGUCCUGACCGCUCCGACCGUACUCGCACUUCGAGAGAGCGUUCGUCUGGGCGCCCUGCGGAGUCCAAAUCAAAGGAUCCUUUUGAUAUCUUCGCAGACCCUCCCAAGUCGGGUCCUCGUGAGGCCACUUCUCGCCGACCGCGCCGAAAUUCCGAGUCGUCGGUGAUGGACCGGUCUUCAAAGCUGUUUGAUGAUGACGACGACAAGCGUCGCCGCGAGCGACGCCGCGAGCGCGAGGCCCGUCACCGUGAUGGCAAGUCUCGAUCCUCUCGCAAGGACCGCCGACUGGACAUCAUUGACAAGUUGGAUGUGACAAGCAUCUACGGUACUGGCAUGUUCCACCACGAUGGUCCCUUCGAUGCUUGCAACCCUCAUCGUAACCGCAAAGGCUCAAAAAUCGCUCCUAUGCAGGCAUUCCCCAAGAACUCCAGUAACAUGGCAUUGGGCGGUGCCGGUCCGAACAACUCCAAUAUUGACUUGAAUUUAUUCCACGGUAGAAUGGAGGAGGGCUACAACGACUUCGCCAGUUCCGGGGUGCAGCGAAGUGGCACGGUCAGCUUCGAUCCCCUCCAGCGCGUGGAGCCCGUUCAUGGAGCCGAGAGUCACGGACUAGGUACCAGCACCUUCUUGGAUGGUGCACCCGCCAGCCGUGCCGCUAUGGCGCGUCGCCAGAGUGAAAACGAGCAACAGCUUGCACAGGGUGGAGGUCUUCAGCGUAAGAAGAGUUUGGCGCAGCGACUACGAGGCAAGAGUAGUGCUCGUGAAGGUGGUGGCUAUUCCUACCCAGCAGCCCCCGCAAUGGGCUCCAGCCACUCCGCCUCCUCGCGAGGCAAUGAGAAAAACCCAUUUUUCCAGGACUAUGACGAGGAGUGGGACAAGAAGGGUUCCCGUAUCCAAGAGUCGCGUUUGGAAUCUGAAGGUGGCCGGAUGCGCUCGUCCAGUAGCCCCAAGCAGCCUACUGGUCUAGAGCGGAAAACCACCAACGAUCGUUACGACGAUUCCAAGCUCAGUUCUCCCGGUGGUGGUUUUUUGAAUCGGAUGAAGAGUCUGCGCAAGCCGCGCCCGGAGCGCCCUGCACGCCGUACUAGCGAUUAA